GCAUAGAUUAGAAUAUUUGUGUCACAGGAGACAAGUAGCUUUUUGCAAUCAUGAGCGAGACAAGUGUGGUUGUGGAGAAGAGUCUCCGCUCUGUUUUUGUGGGUAACAUUCCAUAUGAAGCAACUGAAGAAAAACUUAAAGACAUCUUCAAUCAAGUUGGUCCCGUGGUAUCAUUCAAGUUGAUGCAUGAUCGUGAAUCAGGUAAACCAAGAGGCUAUGGCUUUUGCGAAUACAAGGAUCAAGAAACGGCUCUUUCUGCCAUGCGGAACCUCAAUGGAUUUGAAAUUGGGGGUCGGCCACUGAGAGUGGAUAAUGCUUGCACAGAAAAAAGCCGAAUGGAAAUGCAGAGCUUGAUGAUGGGACCUGUUGUUGAGAGCCCCUACGGCCCAGACGUGGAGCCCAGCCAGGCCCCCGAGGCCAUCAGUAAUGCAGUGGCAUCGUUACCUCCUGAGCAAAUGUUUGAGCUGAUGAGGCAAAUGCAGGUCUGUGUCCGCAGCAACAGAUCUGAAGCUCGAACUAUGCUGCUCAACAAUCCUCAGUUGGCAUAUGCCCUCCUUCAAGCCCAGGUGGUGAUGCGCAUAAUUGACCCAAAAACAGCCGUGCAACUCCUACAUGGAGAAGUUGGCUCAACGACAGUCAACCCAAAAAAAGAGCCAGGUCAUUCUAAUGGUGUGGGCAAAGGUUCUUCUGCCUCCAGCAAUGGUCUGCCCCCAUCAGGCUCUGGGUCAUCACGCUACGGAGGACCUAACAUGCAUCCCAGCGGCCCCUCCAUGCAGGGGGCUCCAGGAGGGCCUUCCCACAUACCUGGCCUUCAAGGACCUCCUCCAGCAGCUGCUCCACACCUCAGCGGCCCCCCUCACAUGCCACCAGGUCCUCCGCAUCAUCUUGGACCUCAAGGAAUGCAAGGACCUCCUGGGGGUGGACCUCCUCCUUACGGCGGGGGAGGUGGUGGUGAUUUUGACCUCCGUGGUCCCCCGCCUCGGGGGUCUGACCAGGACAUGAGGAUGGCUGGGCCCCCACGUGGCCCUCCCAUGGACUUUCCCCCCCAACACCACGGAGACUUUGAUAGCAGGUUCGGACGCGAUGGCCGAGGCGGUGACAUGGACCAGCGGGAGCCUCGCUACCGAGACCAGCCGCCCUUCCCACGCGACGGCCGCGACGCGAGGAUGGACCAGCGUGACCCGCGAGGGCGCGACGAGCCACGUGGGAGCGGUGACCGAGACUUCAGGGCGCCUCUUGACUCCGCCAGAGAUCCCCGCAGCAGAGGAGGUCCGCCUCCAGCAGACGACUUCCCCAGAGCAGGGCCGCCUUCAGGAGGCUCGGGCUUGCCAGCGAGCCUCACGUCUGGGCUUGCAGGGCACGACCAAGAGAAGGCGAGCUUGAUCAUGCAGGUGCUGCAGCUGUCAGACGAGCAGAUCAGAAUGCUGCCGCCUGAGCAGCAAUCCUCCAUCCUGCAGCUCAAGGAGCAGAUCCAGCAGUCCCAGCACUGAACAUUUUUCCCUUCAAUUAUACUAGUUUUCUGAAUAAAAAUACUUUAAUUUAGGAACUUGUAGCAAAUAUCUUGAGUGAGCAAUGCAAUUAAUACAAAUAUCGUGUAUUUAAAAAAGUCCGUGAUGAUCGGGAAAAAUUGAAAUAAUUUCCAAUCUGGAGGUUAUUAAUAAAUGUUUGUGAGUAAUUUCGAAUGAUGUAUUAAAUAUGCAGAGUUUUGUACCGCACGAAAAUCUCGGUAAUGUCACAAAAGAUACGGAUAUUCGUUGGAAAAUUUUUUUAAUGAUUCCAGAUGCUCUCGGGGAAGUUGAACUUUUCCCGUUUCAAUGGCACGCGUUUCCCUCUAAACGGCAUGACUUUCGACUAUACUAACAAUAUGCUGAAUUCACAUAGACGUUCUUUUAUAUAUGUCGCGUUUGAUUUGCGAUUGUAUCUAUAAUAAAUGAUACGGAAACUCCUAUUUAUCAUGUCGAAAAAUGCAACUCUUGCUACUCAAAUUGAAUUUCUUUCGUGUGUAUUUCUUCAUGAACGAAAGAUGAAUAAUUUUUUUAGGACUUGGCCUGAACGAAGUUGGAUCUUCACAAAAAGUUAAUCCUCAAGACCUCUGCUUAUCGCUUGCUAAGGCGAGGUAAAGCCUCUCCAGGAAAUGUCUUAACAAAAAUAAAAAUGAGAUUAGUUCGUAA